UAUAUCGCAACUCCAUCUGCGCACGCAUCGCCGCAUAUAAAUACACAUCGCAAAAUGCCACCACCGCUGCCCUGCCGCGCAUGUCGCGCGCUCAUCCACCACGCCGCAGCUCCCAUGCGUCGCCGCUUCUACUCAUCCUCCCCUCUUUCCCCGCCAGACAUCCAAGGCCUUCAAUCCCUCCCUGCCAAAGUCAUCCCUGAAUACCUAACACCGUCUCCCUCCCAUCUUCUCACCACUACCAUCAACGACCUCCUUCUGCCGUCCGUCACCGCGGCACCUUCGUCACCCAUCAUUCAGACGCCCGCGCCGCCGCUCCCACAGGGCCACCACCUCGUCUACUUCCCGCUGCAGACGCCGCCUUCCCAAUUAGCCCCUGACGGCGCCGACCUGGACCAUUCGCCGGGCGCGGCGUACCCGCGGCGUCUCUGGGCCGGUGGCGAGAUUACGUUUCGUAAAGGGUGGCAGGAGCGUAUGCGGCUGGACGGGCGGCCUGCAUCGUGUAAAGAAACCAUUGGGGAUGUCAAGACGCGCGGGGAUAAGGUCUUUGUGGAUGUGCACAGGGCGUAUGGCGCCGGACAUGACAAGAAUGACGGCCAGUGGGCGUGGGAUAUACAGGAGAAGCGAACGCUAGUGUUUAUGCCGAAUGAUGGCGAGACUGGACAAGCUGCGCCGCGCUUCGUCAAGUAUCCUCACGCGGCAGAUGCAGUGGCGCGGCUGACGCCGUCGACGAAGCAUCUGUUUACGUUUUCAGCGCUGUCGUUUAACGCGCACGCGAUCCAUAUCGACCCAGAGUUUGCUAGGGCCGAGGCCCAUAGGGGAUUACUUGUGCAUGGGCCGCUGUCGCUGGCGCUGAUGCUGCGCGUGGUGAACCAGCAUGUGGGAAGCGAUGUCGAGGCGCUGACGUAUCGCAACCAUGCGCCGCUCUAUGUGAAUGAAGAGAUGUCUGUGUGUGUGCGAGAUAAACGUGAUGGGAGCUACGAUGUCUGGAUACAGGGCCCUGAGGGCGGGUUGGCAAUUAAGGGAAACGCGAGGAUGGAGAAUAAGUAGAAGUGGUCAAAAACUACUAAUUGAUGUAUAUUUGCUCUAUUGAUUUUGAAAUUCUCAGUGCCAUGAUGUUUGAAAAGCCCCCUAUUAGUUUUAUAUAUGCGUAAAGUACAGAAAAAAAAGAGAUUGAAAAAGAGAGACUAGAGAAUCGUUACAAAAAAAGGGAGAAGAAGAAGCCUAGUCGGCCCAUUCAAAGACUUCGGCUACGGCAAGGGUGUUGCUUCGGAUGCCAGUAAGCGUGAAGAGAAUGACAGACAGGUCGACAAUGAUGAGCAUCACCGCGGCAACCAUGAAGCGCGGGUUGAAGAUGCGGUAGAGCAUGAGGUGUCUGCGCAGGUGGCCUGCCCAGGCCAUGGUAGCCAGGGCCUCGACGGCAUAAAACGCAACAAAGACGGCGGCGCUGCGGACACAGGCUUCCAGCACACCCUUUUGCUUCGGACCGACCUUCCACAUGGUGAGUAGGGGUACGCUGGCAGCAGCAAUGAUGGGUCCAGCGCAGGUGUUUAGCGUGAGGACAAUCGGGGACCAAGGGUACCGGAUGCCAACGAGCGGGAUGAAGGCGGCGUCCCAUUGGAUACUGGCCAGGACGGCCUGGUGGCCCGUCUUGAAGAAGUAAAAGUUACCCAGAACAGCAAGCAUAAUGGGACCAAUGGUCUCCGUUUUGAGCCCGUUGAGGUCGAGCAGCUCGACGAGCGAGAGGAUCUGCCACAUCAUCAGGGCGAGUGCGCCAAAGCCCAUGGGCUUUGUGAGCACCAGACACGCCAGUAGUACAUUGAGCGGCAAGAAGAUGUAACGGCCACCCAGUGCGUUGGCGUAGCCCAUAAUGGCAAUCUGCGGCUGUCCAGACGGGCCCUUGGACGAGACGAUAGACACGCUUGGCGGCGCCCAGAUGAAGGCGGUGGUGCCUGCGACAAAGGCAAUGGCUAGGACAAUCUGUGCAACGUAGACACUCACGGUCUUGACAGUUCCAGCGGGAAGCGCGUUGGCAAACCAUCCGCCGUUGUCCGCGGCAUCAAUGACCCAGUACAGCGCGGCGAGCAAGACGCCGGAGCGAAAAAUGGCGCCGAUCCAGGCCGGUGCUAGGCCGUCGUAGGACUUUGUUGGUGUCAGGAAUGAUUUGAUGACUGAGGGCAGAGUAGCAAAGACAAGCAGCGGGAUGGCGAGUUGCCAGGUUGCAGACGUGGACGAUGUUGCAGAGGCAUAGUACGUCGAUGUGCAGAAUGGCAUCUGCUCCUCGCGGCACAGCUUGGAGAAGCUGGCCAGGCGGCCGAGCAGGGCAAACGCGACGGAGUGGUAGAUGGCCAUGGUGCGGUCGACGCGGGACUCGAUGCGCAGCGACGCUAUGCCCAUGCACACGGCAAACGUGGUGAUGAAGAAGAGCAGGAUCGAGUCUUCCCAGAUGGUGUACGAGUUGGACGCAAAGCCCACCGACUGGCUGACUGUGAAGAAGACACCGAGCCAGCCCCAAAACGUCGUUGGCAGCAGAUUGGCAAGCGUCUUACCCGCCUUAUGGAGAGUAGUGGCGGCGCUGGCCAUCAUGAUGCUGAGGAUGACUGUCGCCGCACUGUCGAGUGGCUGCUGGCGAUAGAGAGCAAUGGAAAUGGUUCCAAUGGCCACAAGAAGCACACGUGGAUCCCAGGCCCAGCGAACGAGGUCACGGUGCGUGUUGGCUUCAGGGUGCUGAGCAUCGCUGUCCUUUUCGCCCAGCAUCUCGAGCUUCUGUUCGGCGUAGUCGAGCUCAGCAUUGUUGGUCACAACGUACUCGUCAUCAGCUGUGCGCGAGGCAUACAGCAUCAGAACAACUACACCUAGCGCAGUGACAACCACACCCUUAAUCAUGCGUGGCACGUCGAAUCGCGCCCACAGACCCUUGCAAAUGUCGAGCACGUCGUCCUGGAACUUGUUAAAUGCUUCGUAGGCCUGCUGACCUGCACUGCCACCGAGAGCAGCUACAAAGGCGCUUCUGGCUUGCUGAGCCGGGCUCUCUGCAAUGCCUCGCACCUUAAAGUAGAGGUCCUGGUAGCGGUCGAUACCGGCCGCCGCCAUCUUGGAAACCGCCGCCAGAGAGGCCCAAUCGUUGCCCUUGACGCCAGCAAACGCCUCCUCAAUGGGCUUGCCCAAGUUAUUGAACGGAAUGGGGAUACCAAGCAGCAGCGCAAGCGUAGGGACAAAGUCAAUCUGGCCAACAGGACGAAUCUUUGCAUUGGCAGGGGGGAUGCUGAACUCGGGCUUGGUGCGUCCAAAGGCGGGCUUCUUGGAGUACAUCCACAGCGCAGCCUCGACUUCGUCGUCGCUCUCACCACCGUGAUCUCCCUUACCAUCCAUGCCGUGAUCACCCAUGACAAUCAGCACCGUGGUGUCGUCAAUAGACGCGGCUACCUUGCGCACAAACUCGUCCAUUUGCUGCAACUUGGCCGUCAUGGCAGGAUGCUCUGGACCGUACCUGUGGCCGGCAUGGUCGACACCCAAGCAGUGUCCAAUAAGCAGAUCCCACUCGUUGGAGCGCUUGUGGUCAAGCAAGGGGAAGAUGUUAUCAAUUACGCCAUUGUCCACGGUGUGCAGGUCCCAGACCCUAAAGCUUUCGUAGGCCUUGCUGAUAUUCGCCUCAAAGUAGCCCGG